CGAAGGAAAAAAAACCCUCAAACCUUUGCAUUGUUCUUGUGAAUGUGUAGGUGACUCAGAGCUGAUUGGAGAGAAGGACAUUGUUGCAGUGUAAAGUCAUCUGAUCCAUUUAAUUGACAUCUGGCUGGCACACAAAGAAUUACAGUGCCACUCUGACAGACUCCUGCUGAAGAGCUGUCAUUACAUUGGCUGUGUUUGUGAGCCUGCUUUUGGCUUCUCAGUGUACACUGCGAGGAUUACGACUAGUUUACUGUGACUUUUUACAACAUAAACAGAGGGAAGAAGAUCUACAGGAUUCUCAAUGGAGUGUCUCCAGCUCUGUGUCCUCUGCUGAUCGACCCUUGAGGCUCUUUUAAGAUUUUUAUUACAGAGUUUUCUGUAAAUCCGUUUCUACUGUCAGGAAUAAAUGAUCACCUCAGCUAGACGAGUCUCUGCAGAUAAACCUGAAGUACAAAUCGCUUUCAGCUUGGACGAAACCUCGGAGUUGAAAGAUGCAGAGGAUCCCCUUCCAUCAUUCCCUGACCUUGAACAACGCCUGCAGCCGGUGCUGCCGUUUCGGUCUCUAAAGGAGUCCAUUGAAGUGUACAAAAACCACUGCAAGAUUGCCAACGAGUUCAACCAGGUCAAACAUGAAAUCGCCAGGCUGGAAGAAAGGAAGAGAGAGCUCAUGGCAGAGCUGCUAGAGGAUGAAAGGGUGUCAAUGGAGUUUGCACGACUUGAGGAGGAAUGCAGGACACUUACAGAAGAGAACCAAAGUCUGAUAACAGUCCAUAGCCAAUGCGCACAGCAGCUAGAGACGCUCCGAGUGAUCAGUCAAAAGAGGCAGAGCUCCUCCUGACCUUUGACAUCAGUGCAAAAGAGCUUUCACCUCUGGGUCUUCACCACUGCUUAUAAACAUCUCAGCAUUCCUUC